GGCCAGGAUCGCCCUGACCGCGGCUCUCGGUGUCCCAGCUCAGACCCCAUCGGCACUGGGGUGCUGGGGCCCCGGGCAGCCCCCCCGUGCCGAGGGAGGGGCGCGGUGGCCGUCCUGCUGCGCCAGCUGGGGGGGGACCCGCAGCCCCCGCGUGCCCUGGUUCCUCCCCCAGCCCUGGCUGAGCCAGGCAGAGCGCUGCCCGGGGAGGUGGCUCUGCUACAGCUCCUUCCCCCUCCCUCGCCUCUGCCUGCCACCGCUCCCCUCCCCAAAAACCCGACAGGGGAUAAUGCCUCCUGAAUACAUGAUGAAGUGAGUAGUCAGGCUGGGCUCCGCCGCUGCUGCUGGGAGUGAGUGAGCGUGUGAGUCUGUGCAUUGAGGCAGCUCUGCACUGCAGCCUCCUCCUACAUCCAGCCAGAGAGAAAGAGAAAGGCGCGCAGGGAAGGCGGCUUGUUGCAGCGCCAGGCGCCGGCCCCGGGGAGGAAGCGAAUCCCCCGCAGCCCCCGCGGCAGGACCGGAGCAGCCCCCAGCGAGGCAGCGGGCAGCGGCGCCAUGCUCAAUAACCUGACGGACUGCGAGGACGGCGACGGGGGGGCAAGUCAAGGCGAUGGCAAUCCCAAGGAGAGCAGUCCCUUCAUCAACAGCACAGACCUGGAGAAGGGCAAAGAAUACGAUGGCAAGAACAUGGCCCUCUUCGAGGAGGAGAUGGACACCAGCCCGAUGGUCUCGUCCCUGCUGAGCGGGCUGGCCAACUACACCAACCUGCCGCAGGGCAGCCGGGAGCACGAGGAGGCCGAGAACAAUGACGGGGGCAAGAAGAAGCCGGUUCAGGCUCCACGGAUGGGCACCUUCAUGGGCGUCUACCUGCCCUGCCUCCAGAACAUCUUUGGGGUCAUCCUGUUCCUGCGCCUCACCUGGGUGGUGGGGAUCGCCGGCAUCAUGGAGUCCUUCUGUAUGGUCUUCCUCUGCUGCUCCUGCACGAUGCUGACAGCCAUUUCCAUGAGUGCGAUUGCCACCAACGGCGUGGUGCCAGCGGGAGGCUCCUAUUACAUGAUCUCUCGCUCCCUGGGACCUGAGUUUGGUGGGGCCGUGGGGCUCUGCUUCUACCUGGGCACCACCUUUGCCGGCGCAAUGUACAUCCUAGGGACCAUUGAAAUCCUGCUGGCCUACAUCUUCCCACCCAUGGCCAUCUUCAAGGCCGAGGAUGCCAGCGGGGAGGCAGCGGCGAUGCUCAACAACAUGCGCGUCUACGGCACCUGCGUCCUGACCUGCAUGGCCACCGUGGUGUUCGUGGGUGUCAAGUACGUCAACAAGUUUGCCCUGGUCUUCCUGGGCUGCGUCAUCCUCUCCAUCCUUGCCAUCUAUGCCGGUGUCAUCAAGUCAGCCUUCGACCCACCGAGCUUCCCGAUCUGCCUGCUGGGGAACAGGACCCUCUCGCGCCACGGAUUCGACCUCUGCACCAAGGUGGUGGUGGAGGGCAACGAGACGGUGGGCUCCAAGCUCUGGGAGCUCUUCUGCACCUCCCGCUUUCUCAACGCCACCUGCGACGAGUAUUUCACCAUGAACAACGUGACCGAGAUUGAGGGCAUCCCCGGUGCUGCCAGCGGCCUCAUCCAGGAGAACCUCUGGAGCUCCUACCUGACCAAGGGUGUGAUCGUGGAGAAGCGGGGGCUGCCCUCCGUGAGCCCCCCCGACACGCCAGUGGACAUGGACCAGCCCUACGUCUUCAGCGACAUGACCUCCUACUUCACCCUGCUGGUGGGCAUCUACUUCCCCUCGGUCACAGGCAUCAUGGCUGGCUCCAACCGCUCCGGGGACCUGCGGGAUGCGCAGAAAUCCAUCCCCACAGGCACCAUCCUGGCCAUCGCCACCACCUCUGCGGUCUACAUCAGCUCCGUCGUGCUCUUUGGGGCGUGCAUCGAGGGGGUCGUCCUGCGCGACAAGUUUGGUGAAGCUGUCAACGGGAACCUGGUGGUCGGCACCCUGGCGUGGCCGUCCCCAUGGGUCAUUGUCAUCGGCUCCUUCUUCUCCACGUGCGGGGCUGGGCUGCAGAGCCUCACCGGAGCCCCACGCCUCCUGCAAGCCAUCUCCAGGGAUGGGAUCGUGCCGUUCCUCAGGGUCUUCGGCCAUGGCAAAGCCAACGGGGAGCCCACAUGGGCUCUGCUGCUCACCGCCUGCAUCUGUGAGAUCGGGAUCCUGAUCGCUUCCCUGGACGAGGUGGCUCCUAUCCUGUCCAUGUUUUUCCUCAUGUGCUACAUGUUCGUUAACCUGGCCUGCGCGGUGCAGACGCUGCUGCGGACACCCAACUGGCGGCCACGCUUCCGCUACUACCACUGGACCCUCUCUUUCCUGGGCAUGAGCCUGUGCCUGGCGCUGAUGUUCAUCUGCUCCUGGUACUACGCGCUGGUCGCCAUGCUGAUCGCCGGCCUCAUUUACAAAUACAUCGAGUACCGCGGGGCGGAGAAGGAGUGGGGUGACGGGAUCCGGGGGCUGUCGCUGAGUGCUGCCCGCUACGCCCUGCUGCGGCUGGAGGAAGGGCCCCCCCACACCAAGAACUGGAGGCCCCAGCUGCUGGUUCUGGUCCGUGUGGAUCAGGAGCAGAACGUGGUGCACCCACAGCUCCUGUCCUUCACUUCACAGCUCAAAGCAGGCAAGGGCCUCACCAUUGUGGCCUCUGUGCUGGAAGGGACCUUCCUGGACAACCACCCGCAGGCGCAGAGAGCCGAGGAGUCCAUCCGCCGCCUGAUGGAAGCGGAGAAGGUGAAGGGCUUCUGCCAGGUGGUGAUCUCCUCCAACCUGCGGGACGGCAUGUCGCACCUCAUCCAGUCCAGCGGGCUGGGCGGGCUGCAGCACAACACGGUGCUGGUGGGCUGGCCCCGCAGCUGGCGCCAGAAGGAGGACCACCAGACCUGGAGGAACUUCAUCGAGCUGGUGCGAGAGACCACGGCCGGGCACCUGGCCCUGCUGGUGGCCAAGAACGUUGCCAUGUUCCCGGGCAACCAGGAGCGCUUCUCGGAGGGCCACAUCGACGUCUGGUGGAUUGUCCAUGACGGGGGGAUGCUGAUGCUGCUGCCCUUCCUCCUGCGGCACCACAAGGUCUGGCGCAAGUGCAAGAUGCGUAUCUUCACGGUGGCACAGAUGGAUGACAACAGCAUCCAGAUGAAGAAGGACCUGACGACAUUCCUGUACCACCUGCGCAUCACCGCGGAGGUGGAGGUGGUGGAGAUGCAUGAGAGCGACAUCUCUGCCUACACCUACGAGAAGACGCUGGUGAUGGAGCAGCGCUCCCAGAUCCUCAAGCAAAUGCACCUCACCAAGAACGAGCGGGAGCGGGAGAUCCAGAGCAUCACGGACGAGUCUCGCGGCUCCAUCCGGCGCAAGAACCCAGCCAACACACGCCUGCGCCUGAGUGUCCCCGAGGAGCAGGUGGGCGACGGAGAGGAGAAGCCGGAGGAGGAGGUCCAGCUCAUCCACGACAAAAACGCCACCACCUUCUCCAGCAGCUCCCAGUCCCCUGCCGAUGAGGCGGAGACGGCCCCUGAGAAGGUGCAUCUCACCUGGACCAAGGAGAAGACCGUGGCUGAGAAGAACAAGAGCAAGAGCCCCGUCAGCCCUGAGGGCAUCAAGGACUUCUUCAAUAUGAAGCCGGAGUGGGAGAACCUGAACCAGUCCAACGUGAGGAGGAUGCACACAGCUGUGAAGCUCAACGAAGUGAUCGUGAAAAAGUCCCAGGACGCCAAGCUGGUCCUGCUGAACAUGCCAGGGCCACCCCGCAACCGGAAAGGGGAUGAAAACUACAUGGAGUUUCUGGAGGUGCUGACGGAGCACCUGGACCGAGUGCUUCUGGUGCGUGGUGGGGGCCGGGAAGUCAUCACCAUCUACUCCUGAAAUACCGCGCGAGAGAGCACCAGAUCUUCCGGGAGCAUCCAGCACCAGAGCAGCUGUUCCUCAUUGCAACGUCACAGCACUGCUGUCCUUGUUUAUAUAUAAAUAUAUACAGUGUACCGCGGACUGAGCACCGGAGCCCAGCGCUGCCGCCACCGCCGGCCCCAGCAGGGCCAGCCCCCGCUGCCGGCCCCCACGCUGCUCCUCGCGGCCCCCCCAGCCAGGCAGGAGGGCAGCUGUGCCGAGAUGGGCUCCCGGGCCCUGCUGUGCUGCUACCCCCCUGCGGAGCUUGGCUGGAUGUGCCUGUGCCCUGUGACUGCCUGAUGCCCGAUGCUCACGCCCUGCCUCUCUGUGGAGGUGCUGGGAGAAGAGAGAGGCCACCAGCAUGCUUUCCUCGCCGGAUGCUCCUCUCCCCACCUCCGGCAGUGCCCGCUGGCUCCGGGAGGGCCGGGGUCCCUGACUGUGCUGGGCCUGGAGCGCCCCGACCGCUGCCGCCCGUCUGGAGGCCAUGGGCCGUGCUCACGGAGAGGCACUCGAGAUGGUUUGGAGGGGGCAGAGGGUGGGGGGCAGCUGAGGAGGUCGGGAUGCCAGGAGAGCAGCAAUCCCACUGCAGCAUGAGCUCUGGCCUGGGGUGGGUGGCGAUGAUCCUUGUCCCCCUCCCCGCUGACCCCGGCUCCCUCUGCCCUGGCUCUCGUGCUGCGGUCACUGCCUGGAGCCACAGUGUCUGCAGUGGAGCAGAUGCCCCACGGUGCCCGGCAUCAGUCGGAGCCGCUCAGGUCUGCGGGGGUGCCGCCAACCCCAGGCGCCUGUGCCUGCUCGUGGCCUGAGCGCGGAACUGGUGCCACACUGGGGGCUCUGGGGGCUGUUUGGACCCCACACUGGCCAGCCCACCAGUCCCCUAUGUCCCGCUGCGUCUGCAGGGCUUCACCCCUAGCCCCUAACCCUGGCCCUAGGCAGGCACAGGUGCUGCCACGGGGCUGUAGGAAACUUGGGAUUUGCGGGUAGUUUUUAACAUAUGCAAAGUCUGUGUGACUGGUCUCAGCCCUGCUGCAGCAGCUCUGGCUGGGCCCUGCAGCAGGGAGGUGGCUGUAGGGGCCCUGUGCCCCCCCGGCACUCGUGGCUGUGCUCCCGCUCCCCAGCACCACGCUGCUGCUGGGGCAGUGCCGUGGGCAGACCCCAGAGCCCCUGGAGCCGCUGGCCAGGGUGGCGUGGUCCAGAGCCCGUCCCCUCCUGCCACAGCCCUGCAGCAGGCAGCAGGACGUGGCGGGACGGCGUGGGACGCCCCUCAAACAUGUCCUACCGUCGGCAGCAGCUGCAGAGCCACCCCCGUCCCCCACAGCAUCUCUCAUGCCAGAGAAACUGAGGAGCUUUUAACAAAUGUGAACGGUUCCAGGAACCACGCAGGAAGCGGUGCCGGGGGCAGCCAUGGCGUGCCGUCAUCCAGCCCCGGCCCCAUGUACAUAGUGUACAUAAUACAGUACGUGUAUUUUUAAAGUGAUCAUAUUUAUGUUAAUAGAACCAGAUGAAGUCUAUAUAUAGAGAUCUAUAUCUAUACUGAGAGAUGCAGGGCUAUGCUAGCACCAGGCUGUGGGGACGGAGGUGUGACAGGCUGCUCCUGCAAGAAAAGGGCGCCCACCCGCCGGCACCGAGCGCCCUGGGGUGGCGGUGAGGGCUGUUGCCUUCCCCAGCCAUCAGCAGCCCCUGGGAACGGGCCAGGUCGUGGGUUCAUUCUCUUCUUGAUUUAGCUUCUUAAAAGUUUCAGGGAAAAGAAAUUACAGACUUUUCUGAACUUGUUUCACAGCAGAUUUGAGCUUCCACUCGAAGUGCAGCCUGCUAAGAGUUGCCCUCUCCUGGCAGUGCUGGCUGCUUUGUGCCAGCCUGGCCCCGCACAGCAGCGCGAUGUCCCCUCCACGCGCGGUGGACAGUGAGGGUGACCCGGCCAGAGCUGAGCCCAGCGCUGGAGCUCUCCUCCUCCUCCUCUUCCUCCUCCUCCUCCUCCUCCUCCCCCUCCAGACGGCCCCGAUGCCUCCCCUCGCCCCGCGGCACCGUCCCGGCCGGCAGGGAGGAGCGGGUGCUGUGCAGCGUCCCCAUGGGUGGCCGGGCAGCAGUUGGCACCUGCUCCAUCCCCGCGGCCCUGGCAGCCAGCCCCGUUCUCGCCCACCCGUCCUGCGGGCUGGGGCCAGCCGCAGCCCCCAGCUCCAGCCUCCGGGAGGGCAGGAAGCUCCCUCUGCACAGGAGGACGCUGUCCCCUCGUCCUCUGCAGAGCUUCUCUACUCCUCCAGUUCCAGGCCAAAGCUAUAUGGGGCUGCUUGGAUAGAAAGAAGUUUUGGUUCGUUUGUGCUCUUUUUUUGGCUUUUGGCUUUUUCUUUUUUUUUUUUUUUUUGCUUUAAGAGACUACUUGGACACACUCCCAGACCAAAACCAAGCCCCAGCUGCACAUCUGUGCCUGUUUAUACCUUGCUCCUACAUUUCCAUCACUCCCAAAGUGCCUCCCUUCUCUCCAGCAGCCCCGGCCCCAGCCAGGCUUUCUGCCAUGGUAGCUCAGCUCGCUGCACAGAUGCAGCAGGUUGCAUCACAGACUGGUGUGGAAGACAGAUAGUGCCAAGAGCCUGGUUCCCUGCUGCCAGGGGAGCCCAGCAUUUACAGAAGAGGAAAGUCAGGCUGAGAUGCAGUCUCAGCACAAAGGCUCUGGGCUGAUGAGCAGAACAGACACACCGAGCAGUGCUCCUGGUCCUGCCUCUGCCGCGCACUCAGCGCUUUUACAAGAGCAGGAGGCAUCCACAGGUGAAAGGUUCCUUUUGCCUGGGGCAAGGGCAGUCCCAUGGGACACAGGCUUUGCCAGGCUCUGCCCCUACACCACCAUGCACAAGCUCGUGUGCUGUUUCCAGCCUCCCCAAAGUAUUUGAAGCACUUCUGCAGUACCAGAGGAGGCAUGCACACCGACCUGCCCUCUCAUCUCAUGUGCUAGCACCACGCUUGUUUGGCCUGCAACGCUUGCCAACGGCUCUGCCCCUGCGGAAGACGCUGACCCCCCCCCGCAGUCACCCUCUGGUCACCGCCCGGCUUUGCCCUGCAGCUGCCCCCAGCCCUGCGGGGCUGCCCAGCAGCGAGCGCAGAGGGGUUAUGGCAGCAGCAGCAGCCAGUGGCAGGAGCACCAGGGCCAGGCAGAGCUCUUCCUCUGGCUGCACACGCGGGUUUUUGGGGCAGAAAUUCUCUGCUGAGCAGCGGGGACGCCAGGCAGAGCGUGCUGCCCGGCAGGCGGGUUUGCUUCAUCGCGUCCCAGCAUCCAAACAGGUCCCGCUCCCCCUCUGCCCUGUUUCAUCUUCCCUUGGUGAAGCUGCAGUCCUGGCUCCGCCGGGGAGCCGAAAGGCGAGCUGUUUCCAUCCGUCCCACUGAAACGAAGCAUUUCCCUUCCUCAUCCUCCAGCAAGAACAGGGCGCAGCUCUUGGCACAGCCUGGGCUGCCUCAACCCCCUGCCAGGCAGCUCUCGCUGCGGCAGGCAAGGUGCUGGUUUCCACGGUGAGUUCUCACUUGCCUUUGGUCUGGAGAGGGCCAGUUUUAGCAGACAGCACUGCAUGUUAGUUUACAAACCCAGCCCUGCACGUUUGGCCUCUGUGAGUGUUCAGUUUCCCCAAGGAGCAUCCUCCUGCUGUUCGCCAUGGUGCAGACGAUGCCCGCGGCUCCCCGUCGGGCACGGGGCGGUUUCUGCCCCGGGGACCCCGCACCCCCCCGGCUGCCCCAGGCAGCCACGGCACGGGGCCGCAGCGAGGCGCGGGGGGGGUCGGGACCCCCUCUGCAGCAGGACUGAAACCGAGCAGAAGGCCCGGCAGGUCUGAGAGUUGCUGGUUACAACACUUUCUGUGCUACAUGUGCAAUAUAUUUGUUAUGAAUGUUAUCACCCAGUCAGUUCAUUCAAUAAUCUUUUAAUCACUGUAGCUAGGUGUUCUGCGUCCAUUCAAGUGACUUUUAUUCGAGUGCAAUAUUUCAAUAGACAUGUAGUGACCUAGUAUGCUUUGUGUUUUAGAGAAUCUGUGUGCAGAGCAAUGCAAUUAAGUUUAAAACCUUGUAAAUAAAACAGGUUGCAAACCAAAAACUAAAAAGAAAAAAAAAAAGUAUUAGGCUUGCAUUUAAUUUCUGUGACUGUUUCAGUAUCGUGCGUUAGGCCGCCUCAGUACAGCCCCUGUGUUCUCUGUGCAGGUAUUAAUGGAGGAGUGGCUCCUCAGCUGUUGAAUGCUCCCUGUUAAUGCUUUACUGCUUUACCUGUAUUCAUUUUUCUAGACUCCUGUCUGCACAAAAUGCAAUAAAUGAUUUUAUUACACCCUUCA